AACUUUGUAGGGGAUGCAGUAGUCGCAAUAUUUAGGGAAAAGUGUUUAUUCAUUGUGAAAGUAAGUUAGUUAGGGGCGUCUAGGUACUCGAACUGUUUGGCUCUUUAUCAUUGAUUGCAUACAAAUUAACAUUUAUGCGCACGUUAGCAUUAGAUAAUCUUAUCGUAUGAAUUUGCAAACAAUUAGAUAAACAUGUCCCACAGCCCAUCCAGUAAGUCAGCAAUCACUCAGACUAUCAGUCAUGUUAGUUGUCCUGAACUUCACCAGCCCCACGAGCAGUGGCAACAGCGACUUUCGCAAUUUGGACCCAACAAAUCAUGAGUGCAUGUUCCAGAGAACUCCACCGACUGUAACCAUAUUGCUAAUCUAUGGAUUGGCCGUUCCCACUCUGUCAUCCUUUGGGCUGUGCACCAAUUUCAUAAACUGCGUGGUCUUCAUGCGACCAAAGAUGUCGCCAUCGGCAUUUUCAUAUAUGGCGGCACUUUCGUGCUUGGAUUGCAUCUCCUGUAUGCUCAUCACAUUGACAGCGCUCUCAAGAAGCUAUUUCUAUAACGAUGCCGCAUGGAUAGCUUAUGAUUAUCAGUGGCAAACGCCACUCUUUGGAAUUAGCACUGGGGCUGCCAAUCUAAUCCUGGCAGGCCUCAGUCUGGAUCGUUUAGUAUAUUUGUCGCGCUUCAAGCGCAACAAUGGUGCCCCAAGAUUCUGUCGUCGAAAGGUUGCUCGCUACAUGAUCUGUGGUGGCUUACUCGUCUCAAUAAUUGUUAACAUGCCUUACUUUUUCGUAUUCGUCGUCGAUCUGGAUACGGCCACCUGCUAUGUUACCAAUUUGUACUACUCCAAAAUAUACGAGUGGCACAAUUGGUUCUCUUUUGCCCUGUUGGCCCUCAUACCGGCUGUGUUUCUGUUGAUGGGCAACAUUGUCACCAUUAUUGUCUUCCAUCGCUGGACCAAGCAAAGCAAAUUGUGCCAUCAAAACGGCAACAAUGACAACGAUCGCACCACGCAAAAACGCUAUCAGCAUCAAAUGAAACUAACAAUCAGCAUCGUUAUAGUCAUCACAUUAUAUAUGGUGGGUGAGUUGCCCGCUCACAUGACAUCGAGGAAAAGUUCAUUGAAUCUGCUCUUUGGCGGCGAUGCCAACAAAGUGAAUGUGGAGCUGAUGGAGCAACUGGAAGUUAUAUUCAUUACACUAAACGCACUCCAGCUCAGCCUCAACAUUGUGGUCUACGGUGUCAUCAAUCCCAGCUUCAUGCCAGAGUUCUUUUUAUGCAUGCGCAACACUUCCGACAUCUGCUUCAAUUUGUGCUGUUUGCCAGCGCUUUCGCGUGGCUGCCGUCGUUGUUGGAAUUGGGCACGACAGCGGGAUGAGGCAACUGCAGAGGAACGCGUGGUCAGUUGUGCGGCGCCCCUUCAGCUGCCUGCGGAUGAGGCACCCAACUGCGGCUGUGAAAGCUGGAGCAGCGAUUCGGGCUGUGAAAAUGACGCCCAUUGCAGGACAGCAACGGGGACGUUUGCCUUUGUCGAUGAAUUCGACUGCCAAGAAGAUGUGCAGGAACCACAACCAGAAGUCUUCCUUACCAAGUCUAGUGCUCUCAUGCUGCCCUCCGAAUUUGCAGUCAUAUGACGAUGUUAUCGUGUUGCUCCAAGAAACGUCGCCACAGUGUAUUGGUGAAGCUUCGCGCCGCUGUUGCAUUACCAUUGAAGAUUCUAUAAAAUGGAUCAUCUGGGAGCACUUUAUGAAUGGUAAUUCGAAACGCACUAUUCGAUGAACUAUUACUCGUUGCUUGCAACAUGAGCAGACAGAGAACAAGAAGGUACAAACAGCUUCGCAUUGCAGCAGUGUCAAAGUAGAACUGAUGAAGAAACCACAAAGAGCUCGAGACCCUACAGCAGCUGAACAAAUAGUAUGCAGUCUUUGGGAUAUUGAUAGUUUUCUUAUUUAUUAUGUACAUUGUAAUUCAUUCAUUUCCAUAAUUACGUUCUUAGAUAGCUUACAUUUAUAUUUAUGUAUUAGAUAUAGAAAUUAAUAUUACAUAACAGAAUGUUAACAGUUACGGAGCUUCACUUAAUUUCAUAGCAAUUCAAAAUUAUGUACACUUAUCUCCACAUAAAUUAAUUUGUUAUCUCUA